AUGGGGAUGUAUCGAGAUCUUCGAGAGUUGUACUGGUGGCCAGGGUUGAAGCCUGAUGUGACCGAUUUAGUUACUUACUGUCUGACGUAUCAGCAGGUUAAAGCCGAGCAUCAGUUACCUUUAGGGUUGCUGCAGCCGGUUAAGAUACCGAUGUGGAAAUGGGAGCGAUUGGGUGAGCGACAUAUUCUGGGUCUAGAAUUGGUAUCAGAAACUAAGGAUAAAGUUCGUUUGAUUCGAGAACGUCUAAAAGCGACUUCUGAUAGACAAAAGUCCUAUGCUGAUCUAAAGAGGAAGGACAUCGAGUAUUCGGUGGGGGACAUGGUUUUCCUUAGAGUCUCUCCAUGGAAAAAGGUUCUAAGGAAAUAUUCUAGGGUCUGUGGAUCAUUAAUCGAGCUCUUAACAGCAAGGAAUCACAGUUAUUCGCCGAAGCAUGCCAUAUUUGUAUGA